AUGAUACUAAUCAUGCAACUUUCCAUCUUCCUCCUCGCUUUCCUCACCCAAACCACCCUCGCAGCCUGGCCCAAGCAAGGCGUUCACUUCAACGAUUUAACUGGGCCUGGAACUGGGAUUCCUACAUGCCAUCCACCUUUCCCAGCUCCAUGGAAUUUAUCCCGUCUCUGGUCCGACUCCUCCGAUCACACCGCCAACUGGGUCAACAACGUCAAUGCCGCCAUCGCUCGUGGUAGUGGUCACAUUCUGGCUUUCAACGAACCAGACGGAUGUUCAGCAGGCCAAUCUUGCAUGAGUCCUCAACAGGCUGUCAAUGCCUGGAAGACUUAUAUGCAACCAUUUGCAGGCCGUGUUGCCUUGGGUGCACCUCAAGUUAGCAAUGGUGCUGGUGGUUUAUCUUGGUUAGAAUCUUUCUUGAGCUUGUGUACUGGCUGCGAGAUUGAUUUUGUGCCUAUUCAUUGGUAUGAGAGUGUUGGUGGUCAGAAUUACUUGGCUGAUUUUUAUAACUAUGUGGGUGCUGCGUACGCUGCGGGGGGAAACCGUCAAAUUUGGAUUACUGAGUUCGCCCUCUGGAAACCCGCCACCGAAGCCGAACAAGAAUCUUUCAUAGGCCCUGGAUGGAUAAUCUCUCCUGGCUAUAUCGCUACUCCUGGUUUAUGUGCACCAGCGACUAUACUGAGGAACCCCAAGGUUCUUUGUGCUCCGCCGCUCCGCUGGAGUGAGGUGGAUUUGGGAGGGGAAGAUUCUUUUGGUUGUGUGGAUAAGUGA